AAGCUUAGCUUACUUAAAAAAUAAAGUAGCAUCAAGAAGGUUAUAUUCUUGGUUUUAUACCAUCUCCCGCCAUGGGCCUUUGGAGAAUACUUUGUUUUCUAAUCUUCCUGGAGAAAAGUUGGGGACAGGAACAAAUAUAUACCAUUUCAGCACCCAGAGUAUUCCUUGUUGGAGCAUCUGAAAAUAUUGUAAUCCAAGGUUAUGGAUACAGUGAAGCAUUUGAUGCAACAAUCUCUAUAAAAAGUUAUCCUGAUAAACAUUUUAAUUAUUCUUCUGGCUAUGUUCAUUUAUCCAAAGAAAAUAAAUUCCAAAAUGCUACAGUCUUAACAAUACAACCUAAACAAUUGCCUGCAGGACAAAACUUGGUUUCAUACGUGUAUUUAGAAGUUGUAUCAAAGCAUUUUUCAAAAUUGAAAAAAAUUCCAAUAACCCGUGACAAUGGAUUUCUCUUCGUUCAUACAGACAAAACUUCUUACGUUCCACACGAAUCAGUAAAAGUUAGAGUCUAUUCUCUGAAUGAUGACUUGAUGCCAGCCAAAAGAGAAACCAUUCUGACUUUCAUAGAUCCUGAAGGAUUAGAAGUUGACACAGUAGAAGAAAAUGAUUAUGAUGGAAUUAUCUCUUUUCCUGACUUCAAGAUUCCAUCUUAUACUAAGUACGGCAUGUGGACAAUUAAAGCUAACUAUAAGGAAGACUUUUCAACAACUGGAACCACCUACUUUGAGAUCAAAGAACGUGUCUUGCCACAUUUUUCUGUUUCAAUAGAACCAGAAAGUAAUUUCAUUGGUUACAAGAACUUUAAGAAUUUUGAAAUUACUAUAAAAGCAAGGUAUUUUCACAAUGGAGCAGUCAAUGAGGCUCAAGUUUUUGUCUCUUUCGGAAUAAGACAAGCUAUGCAAGACAAUGGAAAAGAAAUGAUGCAAAAAGCAAAGCAAAGCACAAAGCUGAUAAAUGGAACUGCUCAAGUCACCUUUGAUUCUGAAACGGCAAUUAAAGAGCUGUCAUAUAACAGUCUAGAAGAUUUAAAUGACAAGUACCUUUAUAUUUCUGUAACAGUUGUAGAGGAUACAGAUGGACUUUCUGAAGAGGCAGAUGUACCCGGCAUCAAAUACGUUCUCUCCCCCUACACACUGAAUUUGUUUGCUACUCCUCUUUUUCUGAAACCUGGGAUUCCAUAUUCCGUCAAGGUGCAGGUUAAGGAUACACUUGACCAGUUGGUAGAAGGGGUCCCAGUCAUCCUGAAUGCACAAACAGUCAAUGUAAACCAAAUGACAUCUGACUUGGAACCAAGAAAAAGUGUAACAAGUUUCAGUGAUGGAGUAGCUUCAUUUUUGGUUUACCUCCCAUUUGGAGUGACAGCACUGGAAUUUUCGGUCAAAACUGAUGCUCCAGACCUUCCAGAAAAAAAUCAAGCUGGCAAACAUUAUCGAGCCAUCCCAUACUCCUCUGUCAGCCAAAGUUACCUUUCUAUUGAUUGGACUGAAAACUAUAAAGCUUUGCUUGUGGGAGAACAUCUGAAUAUCACUUUCACUGCCAAAAGUCCAUAUAUUCACAAAAUAACUCAUUAUAAUUACUUCAUUUUAUCCAAGGGCAAAAUCAUACAAUUUGGCACAAAGGAGAAAAUUCCAGGUUCAUCUUAUGAAAGUAUAAACAUUCAAGUGACACAGAAUAUGGUUCCUUCAGCCCGACUCCUGGUCUAUUACAUCAUCACAGGAGAGCAGACAGCAGAAUUAGUAUCUGAUUCAGUUGUGUUAAAUAUUGGAGAAAAGAACUGGACCCAUUUGCAGAUGUUUCAUACUUUAGGGAAAAGUGACCUGGGCUGUGGGGCAGGUGGUGGCCGUGACAACGCAGAUGUAUUCCAUCGAGCUGGACUCACCUUCACCACCAAUGCAAAUGUAAAUGAGCCGCAAGAAAUUGAUGAACCCUGCAAAGAAAUUCACCGGAGAAAAAGAAAUCUGAAAGAGAAAAUAGAAGAAAAUGCUGCUAGAUACAAACAUCCAGUGCUGAAGAGAUGUUGUUAUGAUGGAGCCCGUCGUAAUGAUGAUGAAAGCUGUGAGACGCGAGCUGAACGUAUUACUAUAGGGCCACGCUGUGUCCAAGCUUUCAAGGAGUGCUGUCAUCUCGCCAACAAGAUUCGAGAUGAAGAAACUAUUAAACACAGAUACGUGGGAGGGCACCACUGAGGAUCACUCAAAAAAAUUUCAACUUCUUUCAUAACCACAACUGGAAUAUACUCACUUUUACUUUCCACAAGACUUGACCUUUUUCAGAUUACACAUAUUUUCUAUGCCUUCAGUUUUGCUGGAAACUAAACUCAAAUUUGGCUAAGUAUAAUGAAAAAGUCUUUCUUUGCGUAAGUUCAAUUUAUCAACCAUCCUCAUAAAUGAGAACAAAAUGGUUAAAAGAUUUUUUCCAAAACAGCUCAACUACCAACUCUUUUUUUUUUUUUUUUUUUCACACCAGAGAUUUAACUCAGGACCUUGCACUUGCAAGGCAGGCACAGUGCCACUGAGCUAAAUCCCUGGCCCUCAACUACCAACUCUUUAUUGCUAUGCUGCAUUUACUGUCAGUCUUCAAGACUCUAUAA